AUGGAACUCUCACGGCAGGAGUAUCCAGCGUUGCUGGCCUCUUUGCAGCCCGGCCAAGCUACAAGUGUACUUAAUGAUCGCAUUCGCAUCAUAAACAAAGUCAAUGCGGACAUCGCGGACUGGCUCCAGGAACGUCGUCGCAUUGAAGAAUUGUAUGCCCAAGGGUUGCGGAAACUUGCGCAUCGGCCGCAGUUGGACAAUGGCGCGGCGCUCGGUGUCUUCCAGAUACCUUGGCAGCGCAUUGUUACUGCCACCGAAUCAAUUGCCUCUUCGCACGAAACCUUCGCCCACAAGAUCGAGGAGGACGUAGAACGUCCACUGCGAGAGUACCACACCAAAAACCGGGAAUUGUCUUCCCUGCCUGGUAUUCAGAGUGACCUUGCAGGAUUGGCCAAGAACUACGAGGCAUCCCAGAAGAAGGUAGAAAAGGCCAGGGAGAAGGGCCCGAAAGGUGCCGAUAAGCUGGCUAGCGCCGUGGCCGCUGCAGAAGAAAUUAGCCAGCAAUGGGAUUCCAGAGCGCCGUUCGUCUUCGAACAACUUCAGGCAGCAGAUGAGGGCCGUCUCAAUCACCUGCGGGAUGCUCUUACUCAAUUGGAGACUCAUGAGACUGAUCAGGUUGAGCGCUGCCGUCAGGCUGCUGAAAGCUGUCUGAACGUUCUUCUGAACGUAGAGACUGCAGACGAGAUCAAGACAUUUGCCGCGAAAGUCAAUGGAGGAAGACCCGUCGUUCCGAGGAGACAACAAACUACCUCGCCUCCCCCAGUAGCACCUCUGUCGCCUCCACCACGCCUGCAGGAUGAUGCUGCUAGUCAGCGUUCGGAACAUUCGGGUCCAGUUAGGACUCCUCCAGCACCCGAGCCCCGGCAUAAUACACCACUGGGUGGCCUUAAAAGGCUGGGAACCGUCAUGAACCGACGGAGGAGCAUUGUUCAGCCUUCUAGCGCCGGUCCCUUCUUCUCCGACAAGAAACACCGCAGUCCGUUUGCCUCCUUUAAGAGGGGUGAUUCGCGCGAGCUGCAAAUUCCGGAGACUCCAACCGAAGGAAUGGAGCGCCCCAGCACUGCGAUGUCUACUCAAGAUACUGAACCUGCAGGUAUCUCAAGUGAACCUCAUGAGCAUGAGAGUUUUACUGGCGCGACGUCCACUGCAAUGCCCCAGUCAGCACCGGCUACCGCUAACGGAGCAACAUCUCACGAAGCUCCUUCUGAAGAGAUUACUGCUACUGCUGGCGUGUCACGCAACGAACCACGAGUCGACUCAGAAGGUUUCACGGAGCGUCCGGAGACCAUUGACGAGAUUACAAGGGCCCAAAGAGAGGCGGCCGGAUUGGAAGAGCCCGGGAUGAAUCUGACAAUACGGGACCAGCCAAUCUUCGAGGACGAGGAUCAAGCCAAGCAAGCGAUGGAUGAUAUGGCUAAUCAGCUCAGAAUGCGGGCUCAGCAGAGUGGUGUCCGACGAAAUGCUGGAACCCUGCGUGGCCGUCGCGAUGUCCGUAACACGGUCUUUAUUCCUACACCUGCACCAGGAAAUGAUCUCCCUGCCAUACCAUCAACCCUGGAUACGUCUGCACCAACCUCUCCAUCAUUGCCAGUAAAGCAUGUUGCCUCGCCUAGCACGGCUACAGACGACCAUGCCAUGUCUGACACGACCUCAAUUCGCUCGUCUCAUACUCUGCAUAGUGCCCCGGGCCCUGUCUUGCAUCCCGACCUUCACGAGCCAGGUCUGAACGCAUCCAUCAUAGACACUGUCAGUGCAUGGUUCACCGAGGGAGCAGUAUCCAAAUCGUAUGUUGUUGGAGAGCUUGCAUUGGCAUACAAUGCUACACCGGAUGUGACCCCAGGUAGCACACGAGUUCGCCUUGACAAUUUCCAGAUUCUUGAGAAGGUGGCUGCAAACCCACACUUCGUGACUGAAGAUAAAGGCAAGGAUCAGUCCGAUGAAAAGAGGGGUGAGUAUGAUGUGAACCUGGCUAGCAUUGCUCGGUCCUCGCCGACCGUGGCUUUCAAGUAUCAAAUCCACAUGGAACCCUCCGUUGCCGCAGCCUAUUGCCCGGUCAUUUUCAGGCCGGUGUGGAACCUCGAAGAGCACCAGGCCAGUGCGAUCAUCUACUAUUCUAUCAACUCUUCGUUCACAUCCGCACCAGGAGGCACAGUCACCCUCAGGAAUCUUGUCUUAACAGUCAAUUUGGACACGUCUCCUGUGGAAGGGCGCGAAGUGGCUCAUGCCACAGCAGCUGUCAUGUACCCGAACACCGGUGCAACAUUUCGUCGCAAGCAGUCUGCGGUAACCUGGAAGAUUCCUGAACUUGAAGUCAAGGCUGGCUCUGACGCCAAGUUGCUGGUCCGGUUCUCGACAACAGCCAGUUGGCCACGACAGGGCAAGGUCGAUGCCAAGUUUGAGGUCCACACGCUUGAUGAUGGAUCUCGUCUGGGAAUUAGUACCGCUUCACCGAUUAAUCAGGUGAAGGGCUCUGAUCCCUUUGCAGACGAAGAGGCUGGUAGUCAGACUCCUGAACUGCAGCCAUCCUUCGAAUGGAAGAACGUCCCGACCGCCCGAAAGCUGCUUGGGGGUAAAUAUGUUUCAUCUUAA